AUGUUGGAGGACGACUUCUUAGAGCUAACUUACCUUUCGCAUCCAAUUGUACUACCCAAGGACUCUGUUAUUACAGAACUCAUAUUACGGAAGGUCCACCAGUCAGUUGGUCAUAUGGGAGAAAACUUCAUGCUUGCUAGUCUACGUCAGCAGUAUUGGGCGCUCGGUGCAUCAACUGCUAUAAAGCAUAUAAUUUCAAAGUGUGAUACUUGUCGAAGAUAUCAGGCUCCCGUUGCAGAGCAACAAAUGGCCAGCCUUCCUGUAGACCGUUUAAAUGCCGACGAACCCCCAUUUUACAGAGUUGGAAUGGAUUUCUUUGGAUCAUUUGAGAUAAAGCGAGGAAGAAGUACAGUAAAGACAUAUGGUGUGUUGUUCACGUGUUUGGCUAUUCGAGCAGUACAUUUAGAUGUUUCUCAUUCUCUUGAUACAGACUCGUGCAUCAAUGCAAUCAGAAGAUUUGUGGCUAGACGUGGUACAGUCAAAUCAAUUCAGUCUGACAACGGGACCAAUUUAGUGGGAGCAGAACGCGAAAUGCGUGAAGAAAUAAAAAAAAUGGAAUAUGCAAAAAAUAAAUAG